AUGAAUACUGGAGCAAAGUGGGGUAUUGGUCUGGGCGCUGGUAUACCCGGUGCACUAAUUCUAAUUGGUUUAAUUGGUUUCUUAAUUAAAUUUAUUAUGCAACGUUGUCGUAGUAAAGCUUGGGAUGAGAUAAUUUCAUUACCGAAACAUUUAGAUUCAUCAGACAAUAGUACUAACCGUAGACCCCCAAAACGUUUAUCGACUGAACGUGAACCAUUAUUUCCCACAACAACACCUAAUGUUGCGGCAGUAUCUGAUGGUCAUAUAUCUAUACCAAUUGAUGAUAAUAAUUUAUCAUCUGGACAACAUUCACAUGGAAGUGCACCAAAACAUGAACAUACAAUUGUUCAAAUUCAACGAGAACGUUUAAAUCGUCUUAAAGAAGAAGAAAAUCGUUCAAGACCAAUGUUAUCUUUAAGUACUGGUGAACUUGAUAUGCAAUAUGCAAUUGAUCAAGCACAAAAAGAAUUUGAGGAAUCGACAGCUAUUGCUUCUGGGAAAGCGAAAGAUCCUCGAUAA